AUGGCCCUGGAUAAAAUGGAGGAUUUGAGUCUGAAACAGACAGUGCCCCGAGCUGAGAUAGGUGAAGUGGAAGGUAUUCCCUUAACAACAACAAUAUGCAGCACGUGGGACCAAGUGUGGAAGUUCAAAGCCAGACCUGACGAUCUGCUCAUCGCAACCUAUGCAAAAGCAGGUACCACAUGGACACAGGAGAUAGUGGAUAUGAUUCAACAAAAUGGAGAUGUUGAGAAGUGUAGACGUGCCACUACUUACAGACGCCAUCCUUUCCUUGAGUGGUCUGUGCAAGAGUCUUCAGCUGCGAGUUACUCAGGCCUGGAGUUAGCUGAAGCUAUGCCUUCUCCACGAACAAUAAAAACUCAUCUCCCCGUGCAGCUGGUGCCUCCCUCCUUCUGGGAACACAACUGUAAGAUAAUCUAUGUGGCAAGAAAUGCAAAAGACAACCUGGUGUCAUACUACCAUUUCCACAGAAUGAAUAAAGGAAUGCCUGACCCAGGAACCUGGGAGGAGUUCAUGGAGAAAUUCAUGACCGGAAAAGUGCUCUGGGGUUCCUGGUAUGACCAUGUAAAAGGAUGGUGGAAGGCAAAAGAUAAGCACCGUAUUCUCUACCUCUUCUAUGAAGAUAUGAAGGAGAAUCCAAAGCAAGAAAUUCAGAAGAUUCUGAAGUUCCUGGAGAAGGAUGUCAGUCAAGAGGUUCUAAACAAGAUACUCCAUAACACCUCGUUUGAGAUAAUGAAGGAAAAUCCCAUGACAAACUACACUAAUGAAUUUCAGGGAAUAAUGGAUCAUUCCAUUUCCCCAUUCAUGAGAAAAGGGGUUGUCGGGGACUGGAAGAAUUAUUUCACUGUGGCACAGAAUAAGAAAUUUGAUGAAGAUUAUAAGAAGAAAAUGGCUGAUACCUCUGUUGUUUUUCGCACGGAAUUGUGAUUAUAAGCAAUGGGAAUUAUUCUGUAUGAUCUUCAGCCUUUUCCAUUUUAUAUAUUUUGCUUUUCCUUCACAAACUGCCUGCAUCCCUAAGAUUUCAAUAUCUCUCUUUCACACACCACUGAUUUUUCAUUAUCGUGAGAGUGCCCGAAUUAUGUGGAAGUUUAGGUUGGUCUCCCUGAAGAAAAAUCCCACUGGAUACUUCUCAUGCAUCCCUCCCACAGUAACUUUCAGCAUUAACAAAAAUAUUUCAGACAU